AAAGCGUCAUUGCAAACGUGAGCGUUCACCAGACGAGUCACUUUGCAUAAAAAUUUGGGUUUCUAAAACAUUCUUGACCCUGCGGUUUUGAUAAGGUGCACGUUUCGAUAUAUAAACUCUAAACCGGCGCAUAUGCACAAAUAACAACUGACACUGCUCGCGAGCUAUAACAUUAAAUCAACAAUACAAGUGCUAAAAUAUCAUAACCGAAAAAGAACUUAAAACUAGUUAAACCGAACUUGAGUGUUAGAAGUUUAUUAGAUUUAUAUAGCUCUUUGAUAUAAAUUGAAAAGAAAUGGAGUAUAUUGCUCUUAUUGUAAGUAUCUUUGUAACCGCUGUUUUGAUUGGCAACGUUGAAUCACAGACUUGUCGGGCAGACUGUACACCUCCGGAUUGCUCCUGUUCUAGGAUGAGUUACCCUAUGGAUAGACAAGAUAUUCCGCAGAUUGUCUACUUCGGCUUCGACGAUGCCGUCAACGUUGUCAUGUCCUCUUUGUACAAUCGCUUGUUCACAAAGAAAAGAAAGAAUCCUAACGGUUGUACUAUGAAAAUGACGCUUUUCGUAUCACAUCAAUACACGGACUAUAAGAGAGUUAAAAAUUUCUACAAGAAUGGAAUGGAAAUAGCUGUUCAUAGUGUCACACAUACAGCAAUUGACAAUGAUGAAAUAUUAAGAAAAGAAGCAAAAGCGCAAAAGGAAAACUUAAUGAAAUUGGCUGGCGUGCGCGCAGAAGACAUUGUUGGUUGGCGUUCACCGUUUCUUAAAACUGCAGGUGACAAUCAGCCUUCAAUACUUAAAGAACUUGGAUACGAAUAUGAUAUAUCUUUAACAUAUUCAAGGACGAGUAGAGAUAUCCCUAAACCUUGGCCAUUCACAAUGGACAGAGCCUGGCCGUACAAAUGUGGCAUCAGACCAUGUCCAACCGGUAGAAGUGCUCGGGUAAAGAACUUUUGGGCAGUUCCCGUCGUUAGUUUAAUGGACCAUAAAAACCAAUAUCCAUGUUCUUUUGUUGACGGAUGCGCAGUAAGGGCAUCAAAUGAGCAAGAAGCAUUUGACUUUUUAUGGAAAAACUUUAUGUCUUAUUACAACACAACUCGCACACCAUUUGGUUUGAACAUGCAUGCAGCUUGGUUCUACACGCGCUAUAAUCUCAAGGCAAUGAUGAGAUUUCUAGAUGAACUUCAGAAAUUAGACGAUGUUUACGUAGUGACAGUCAAACAGAUGCUUGAUUGGAUGAAAAAUCCUACCCCGGUCUCAAAUAUCCGCAACUUCGAACCUUGGGGCUGUCCAGAAUCCAAAAAAUCUUCGGAAAACAGACGACAACAUGUAACAAAGACCACUGUGAAGACCACUGUGGAAAGUGCAUUAAACAGCGGGAUUAAAACUAGUGGCAACAUUAAAGGGAUAAAUAGGGUUCAGUCUGCCCCAGUAACACCUGCAAAUGUUCCUCGUCGCCAGCCAGCUAUACCUCUUUCUUGGCGAAAUGAGAUCAUGAGACGUUGGAGAAACAACAUAACCGCCCGAUGGAAUCAAUGGAGAUUCACAACGACAACAAAAUCGACAACAACAACAACGGCAACAACAACAACUCCCCGACCAACUACCACACAAUCGACAACGACCACUGCUCCAACAACAACAACAAGAACAACAACAACUCCUCAGACAACUACAACUCUAAAAACAACAACCACAACAACAACAACUCCAAAACCACCACCUCCAACAACUACAACUACAACAACAACAACCACUAAACAAACAACAACUACAACAACAUCUCAAGCAACUACAACAAAACCAUCAACUACAACAAAGCCGUCAACAACAACGACUACUACAACCACCACAACUACACCAAAACCGCCUCAACAAACGAAAACCCCAAGUCAGCAACCGCAUGCAAGGAUUCAACAAUCAAUUAUCAGACCUCAUAGCUUCAUGUCCAGCAAAUCCUCGACACAUAGUCACCAUAAUCAUGAUGACCACUCACAUCAUCAUCAUGUCGACACAAGCGCACCUGCGGUCCGACCUUUUCUCCCUAACUUGUCAAAAGAAUUAAACUCACCAGUACUAAAUAACCAAGCUUGGUGGUCGUUCUGGGGUAAACAAACACCAGCAAAUGAUAUCACAUCUAGCUGUGAACAAAAUGUCAACUGUCAUCUUCCUGGAUGCUAUUGCCAGGGUACUUCCAUUCCAAAUAACCUUAAUGCUGCCGAUACGCCUCAAUUGGUACAUCUAACCAUAGACGGAAGCAUGAAUGCAGCUGCGUAUAGACGUUACAGACAAAUGGUAAUCAAGAAGAAAAAUCCAAACGGUUGUAAUAUAAAAGGGACAUUCUUUGCUUCCGAAAGAGGAAGUAUGCCUCAGAUAGCUAAACAAUUAACGACGCUUGGUGCUGAAAUUGCAAUGCAGGGCUUGCAUGAACACCAUUACGAGACUGUCGAGCAUAUGGAGGAAGAAAUGUUGGCGCAAAUGAUCACUUUACGAAAAGAUGGAAUCAAUUCAACAGGAUGGAAAACACCAGAACUAAAGUCAUUAGGGAACGAGCAAUACCGACUUCUUCAAAAAUACGGCUUUAAAUAUGAUGCAACACUUUCUGAAAAUUUACCAAAACCAUCCGAACAUAAACCUUGGCCUUAUACGCUUGAUUAUGGGUACUCUGGAAAUUGUGUGAUUCCUGAAUGUCCAACAAAGAGUUUUCCGGGAUUAUGGGAAAUUCCUUCCGUUGCGUUGAUGGACUAUAAGAAAAUGUUUGAAUGCAGCUAUGUAGACGGAUGUAUGUUUAAUCCCCCAACUGGUAAAGACACAACCGAUUUCCUCUGGGACAACUUUAUGACAAACUAUAAAACUAACAGAGCACCAUUUGGCAUUCAUCUUCGUCAAGUUUGGUUUUCACAUCCCGCUUAUAUAAAUAAUAUAAAAGGAAUACAGGAUUUCAUUUCAAAAAUUCUUACAUUAAAAGAUGUUUUUAUUGUGUCAGCAAGUGACAUUAUCACUUGGAUGGAAAACCCUAUCCCUGUUUCCGAAAUGACAAAUGGGCUGCCAUGGAACUGCAAAACUUGAACACAUCAUUCUGUCAAUGUAACCUAAGUUUGAUUAACCAUAUUGUUAGUAAUUUAUUUUGUGAUACAUAACGGGUUUAACAAUCCCAGGAUCUCGUAAUUUAUUUUGCAAAUGAUGAUAAGAAUAAAGAUCCUGUGAAGUUUCAAUACAUGUGUUUACCUGCAAUGAACAUCGGCUAUUUCUGUAAGAUUACGUUUUAUCAGUAUUUCAUAAAAUGUUAUAAUCUAGUUGACUAGCACAGCGUGUGGAAAAUACCGAAAACCCACAAAAUUAAAACAGAAUUUAGAGAAUUUCAUGAAAAUUGCCGAUUUCCAUUACGGGUAUAUAUUCAUAUACAAAUAUUUUCCGCGUGAUUUGGAAAUGCUGAUACGGAUGUUGCGAUACUGAUUUAUUUAUUAUCUGUCAAAUGUUCAAUGUUCUUGAUUAUAAAAUAAAAUAAAUCGUUUACAUAUACAGUACACAAACUGACAGUGUGCUUUCAUGUUGCCAUUAUAUCACCGUCUUGUAUAAAAAUCAUCAUUCAUUUACAUCAUUCUCAAUUGCUUGAUUGUUUAAAUGUUUAUAAAUAGAUAUAUUACGUCAUUAAAAUAUCCUGUCAUGAUUUC